CCUAACCAACCGACCAUGUCGUGGCAGCCUAAGCUCCGUCCCAAGGGCUUCCCGCAUACCUUGAACGAUUUCGCCGCCGUAGAUUCCCUCGCGGAGUUGGAGCACCUCUCCCGAAACGUAGAGGACAAACGUGAUCAACGCGUGUUCCGGGUCAAGCGCAAGCAUGUUCUCAAGGCGUGCGAUCGGUGUCGCGUGAAGAAGACUAAGUGUGAUGGGAAACAGCCCUGCAGCCGCUGCUCGAUAUACAACCAUCCAUGUCUCUUCCGCGAGAGAAAGGCCACGCAGACGAAAGUUUACUCUCGGGGAUUUGUCGAGAUGCUCGAGUCCCACCAUUCAUUAGUCGUCAAGGCACUCCAGAAACUAUACAAGUUCUGCAUCAACAACGAAGGCUUCCCCGGCGAGCCACUUGCCGAAGCACCAGACGGCUAUCCUCUAACACACACGAUCCUCGACCGCCUAGGGCUGAUCAAGCAAGCCGAAGAAAACGCAGAUGACCCGGACGAGGACUCCGAGGACCUGCGCUACCUCCGCCUGCUAUCCACAUCAACUGAAUGCAGCGCCACGGCCGAACCGUCCCCUGAACCAGCUACUCCUCCGGAGCCCUCCCCAACAGUGCUCUCCUCUCCAUCUUCCUCCACUUGCAACAACCCAGGUCCUGUCCCGGUGCCAACCCCUUCCCUCCCGGGAGGACGCAACCAGUCACACAGCUGGUCGUGGGAGAUGCAGCCCGUUCACCAUCAGCCUCCGUAUCACCACAGCUACCCAGAAAAUGGAUUCCAGCAUGAUAUGAUGGCCGCGCAGCGCAACUCCCUAGGAGGAGAUGUUGCUACAGAUCUAGCACCAAAUGAGAUCCCGUCCCAUAUCGACGUGUCUGCUGGAUCGUCCGUGUCCCAUGAUUCCGCGGCUUUUCCAUAUUACAUGGAUACUUCGGAUGGAGGAGUGCCAGGUGGUGCCAACAAUAAACCCGCCACGCAGCGUGUUCCACCUGCUAUCGGCAUAAUGGCCGAUGCGCAUCCCCAUCCCCAGCAUCUCUCCGGCGGUGGCAUGUCUAGUGACAUGCUUGGCGGUGUUUAUCACUACCAAAAUCAGGAGGCUUCGUUCUAUCACGAAUUUACGCCUGGUUGGACUUUCCCGGCGGGUUGA